AUGGCUGCUGUGCAUUCAUCAGAGAGACGCCAGGGCGACCCUAACGAUGAGCUGGGGGACCCGGGGGGUGUACCACAAAAAUGUGAGUCAUCUGAGUAUAAAUCGACAGACCCCGAUAACACUUUUGCUGAUGAAGAAGACAGAAUUCCUGAGGAUUCCAAUGAAAAUAGAGAAUCUAGUAUUGUUACCGAUGGGCUUGCUAGCCAGACUGAAGCUAGCAUUGCGCUUCGAGCUAAUGAUAAAUCAAAUAUAGGUAAUGAUGUGGUCGAUUUAACAUCUUCUGAAGAAAAGGCCCACAACACCGAUGUUUCCUACCAACAAGCAGCGGCAUUUCGAUUGGUCUGAGACGGAGGACGAGGAAGACGGCACGGAUGCAAAAGAGAAUGGAAACGACGGUAAGUUUAUGUUCGCUAACUAGCGUUGACUGUUUCUUUCUUCGAAUAGCCUUAUCAAUAUUAACUAUGUAAGCUCACCGUCUAUCUAGUUUGGAAAACAGUCGUGUGCAAAAACAGACUGAAAUGUACAAAUGUACGGGGUAUCCCUGGAAACAUGCAGGAUGCAGCAUUGACUGUAAAUGUGCUCAUGCUCACUUUAAUUGCCAAGAUGCUAGCUAGUUGUCUCAUGGGCUGAAUGAGCUAGCUAGCUUUGUUAUUGGCCAACUGUUUAUCCAAUAGGAUAUUGAUCAUAUAGGAUAUUGAUCAUACUAACCGUUCCCUUUGAUGUCAUAAAGGCCUUUAUUCAUAAUAUUUUUGUGGAGAUUGAUUUUUUUUAUAGUAGGCCUGUUUUCAUAUUAAGUCUAACGUUUGUAUUCAUGCUUACUCAUGAACUCAUGACAAUGUGUUGUAUUUAUUUUGUAUUUACAGUGCAUAAUGAUGAUAUGGGGAUAACUCCUGAGGUGCAGCAGGAUAAGAUUACUGACGAUAUCUCAGAUGCAGAGGAUGUGGAAAAAGAAAAAUCACAUUCUGACGAGGAUAUGGAUGUAUCAAAAGACACGGGUGAAGAAGAUGGUAAAGGAGGAGAGGAGGAGGAGGAAGAAGAAGAAGAAGAAGAUGAAGAAGUAGGAGGAGGAGGAGAAGAGGAGCGAACAGUGAAACUGAGGAGAUGUAGUCUGGAGUGCAAAGAUUGUGGGAAGAGGUUCACCUUUCGGGAGACAUUCAACCUGCAUCGUCACUUCCAUGCUCACCAGGAUGAACUGGCCUCACUCACCUGUAAGGAGUGCGGCCUUACCUUCCAGCACCGCAGCAGCCUCAUCAAGCACCGCAGUGAACACCAACAGAAGGUUGAACAGCCUGUGGAGCGGAAGAGGAGAAGGAGCCCACAGGGAGUCCACAAGGAGGAGAGGCCAGAUCUCCAGUGUGACCACUGUGAAGAGACUUUCCCAUCAUUGAGCAAGCUGAGGCUCCACACCUGCAACUGUGCCCCAGAAAAGGCUUACCGCUGCCCCCUGUGCCGCAAAGAGUUCCGCAUGAAGGUCUCCAUCACCAGCCACAUGCAGACCCACUCCCUGAGCUCCCGCCCUUUCCGCUGCCAGGAGUGCCACAGGAGCUUCUCUGACUGCUUUACCCUGCGUGACCACCAGGGCUCCCAUGCCUCCCUCAAGCCCUACGCGUGCCCUGAGUGUGGCAUGGUGUUCAGGCACCGCUCUGUCAUGGAGGACCACCGUCGUAAGCACACAGAGGACACACAAGGCCCCCACCAGUGCAACAUCUGUGGGAAGCACUUCAAGUAUUCCAGCCUCCUGCAACAGCACCAAUACCUUCACACAGGCCAGAAACCCUUCCGCUGCCCAGACUGUGGCAAAACGUUUGCCUUAGCCCAGAACAUGAAGGCACACUGCCGCCAGCAUAGACGGCACCCUCACGCCUGCCCUAUUUGCCCCCUCACUUUCCCCGACCAGGGCAGUCUGCAGGCUCACGUGUCAAGCCACGAGACUGUCGCGGGACUAGAUAAGGAGAACACAAACCACGGGGUGGAGCCAAAAACGUAUAUUCAACUGUCCCCUAUGUCCUCAGAACUUUCCUUCACCAGCUGACCUGAGGGCUCACAUGCUGAUCCAUGAAGCAGAGCAUGAGAGGAUGGAGAACGGGGCGUGUAAAGACUGGGAAACAAACAGUUACACCUGUCCCCACUGUCCUGCCACCUACUCUGACCAGUCUAAUAUGAUGGCUCACCUGACAACUCACGCAUCUGCCCGGGUCAGUGUAGAGAGGCAGGGUAAUGGACUUGAAGUAGGGAGAUCUGCUCCACUUAACACUGCCAACAUCCCAGGGAGAUGGCAUAGGGAGGAGAUGAGUAGUAAGCCUUUAAAGUGUCCAGACUGUGGCAAGUCUUUUCGUCACCGCUCAGUGUUAACGCUGCACAUGCGUAUUCAUUCCAAGGACAAGCCUUACCAGUGCAAGGUGUGCAAUAAGUCCUUCAGAUUCAACAGCUACCUGCAGCAGCACAUGAUCAUUCACACCGGGGAGAAGCCAUACAAGUGCCCAGACUGCAGCAAGGACUUUGCUUUCCUGCAGAACAUGAGAACCCAUCAGAGGCUGCACACACAGAAACCGUUCCGCUGCACAAAGUGCCGUAAGGGCUACAGCGACGAGAAUCAGCUUCAGCGCCAUUUGCUGUCACACAACGGCGAAAAGCCCCACAAGUGCCACCUCUGCGAAAAGAGCUUUGGGCUGGCCUACCUGCUGCGGGACCAUCUGAACACCCACACAGGCGAGAGGCCCCAUCGCUGUCAGGAGUGCCACAAGACAUUCCCCUGGCUCGGCAGCCUGCUGGUGCAUCAGAAAAUCCACGCUCGAAAGCGCCAGGGGUCGAGUCAGCCUUACUCUUUUCCAAUGGCCAUGAGGAUAAGAGGCAGGGGUAGCAGGGACCGGAGCGGAGGCAGGCUGGCAUCAGGCUGGCCCAGGUGGGGUGGAAUGGGGCAAUCAGGUAUGGACACCCCCCAACUAACACCUCCAUAUCAAGUCCCAAUGUCAAGGAGUCCUGAGUGGCAGAGGAGGCCGGCCCAGCCACAGCCUCCCAUGUUUUCAUCCCAGAUGGAUAUGCAGCAGCCAGGGGAGAGGUCUGCGAGAAGGCCUCCACCAGUCCACCAACAGUGGCGGGUGGAAGGUGGAGAACUGAGACCUGUCCCACUGCCUAACCAGUCUCAACCGUCUCAGGAUCCUGAAAGACAACCAGCACCUGUCCAACAGCAGCCAUCUCCACCAAGACAGCCACAGCAGGUACCACAGUCUCCACUGAUACAACAACAAGUACAAUUACAGCUACAGCUACAGCCACAUCUACAGCCACAGCUGCUCCAACAGCAGGUUCAACAUCAUCUACAGUCUCCGCUGAUCCAACAGCAAUUACAGUGGCAGCAACAAGGUGGACAGCUCCAACCCCAGCCAGUACCACAGCAGCAGUGGCCGCCUGACAGACAGUUGGUCCAGCUCCAGCAAAAGCUGCCCUGGUUACCAGAUGCUCUGCCCCGGCCCGCCCCACCACAGCAUCCCCAGCAGUGGCAGUCAGAGGGCCUGCCUCGGCCACCCCCACAACAACAGCCUGGCCUUAGUGCAUCUCAGAGCCUAGAACCCCCUCCUCCAGGAGAAAGUGGAGGGACCAUGCCCUUGGAUAACAAAACACCCCCAGUGGCCAGGCCACAGAACCCCAGCCCAUUAGCUGUGAGUGAGAAGGAGCAACACAGGCAACAGUCGAAGCCCAUGAGCUGGGGUAACACACCCACUACACCACCAGCCCCCACACCGAGCUCUGUUCAGCUUGACUUCCCUGGGUCCCCCAUUUACAUGGAUGGGGCUGCUUUGUGGGGUGGGCUGAGGACCUCUCCAGCAGUGCCAACAUCCCAGAGCUCAUCAAACAAGCUGGGCCAAGACCUUAAGCUGCCAAGAUGGUCGAGCGUCUCAGUGCCAAUGCAGAAAGCUGUUAAUGAAUCAUCCACACCUCCUAGAAAAGAGGACACUAGAGUUUGGGACUUUAAUGCACCUCUGGUAAUGUCCCCAACUGUUAGUUCAUCAGAGAAAGCUGGGCGUGAGCAGCAGAAACAGUGGUCUCCAGCUCUACUCAGUACAUCCUCCUCAGCUCAGAUGGGCCACAGCUCUGUCAUGUCAAUUUCAAGCCCUCCAUCUCAUGGGUUGGGAGGUAGUCCUUGGGAUUUCAAAGCAUCCCCCUCACACAAAUCAGGCCUUAGCCAGGAGUUAGAGCAGCAGCAGCAAAAACAUCUAUCCUCCAGCUGGACCAAUGUACCCACAUCCACCCAGAAUGUUCCCAUCUCCAUUCAAUAUGACCCGCAACGUUUCACUCACGGGGUGGGACCCACUGUGUGGGGUUUCCAAACCACUCCAGCUGGCCCUCAGCAGCAGCCAAUGGUAACAGGCACUCAAAUCAUCAUAAAUCAGACCUCUCCUUUCUUCUCUCCUCUCCCUCCGCUCCCUCCUCUUAGUUUGCCUGGCCCACACCCUCUUCAUUCUGUAGCGGUCGGCUCUCUACCAAGGCCUCCACACCCAAACAUUUUCUUCACACCACAGGCGGUCAUGAGUGAGAGGCCACACAUGCCACAGACCCUGUCACUACCUCAGCUAGCCCCACGGCCUGUUCCUCACAAACUGGGCCGUUUGCCUUAUGCCCCAGACCGCCUUCUCCAGUGCAUGAUCUGUGGGUGCUCUCUACCCCGGGAGUUGGACUUGCAAAUGCACUACAUGCAGCAUGCACAAGGAGAGAUUUGA